AUGUCGCGCCCGCUGAUUGUGCUUCCACGUCCUGGGACAGACCAGCCCAUCAAUGCUCUGCAUCCAAUUCGAGCACCUAGUGAAGCCGCAUUCACUUCGACCUUUGGCAAUCUGCUCCCCAAGGCGUCUUACCUGCAAACCCCAUGCGGAAGAGCCGCCUACUAUGAGCUCCCGCCACAGUCCAGUACAGAGACUCCCGGAACCCAGCAAGACGGAAUCUCACGCGUUUUGCUCGUCCAUGGUGUCCAAACCUGCGCUGUCGGCUUGCAGCCCCUCGCGAGUACUUUGGCUUCACGGUUUCCCUCUGCGCACUGUGUCUUGGUAGAUCUCUGGGGCCACGGACUGACAGAUACCCCACUGGUCCCCCACGAGCCUGCGCUCUUUCACACGCUGCUAGAAGUCAUGAUGGAUCAUCUUGGCUGGCCGAAUGCCCAUCUCGUGGGUUAUUCAUUCGGUGGAGCGACGGUGGCGACUUUUGCAGCCGCGCAUCCGGAGCGCGUCCAGUCUAUGGCUCUCGUAGCACCAGCGGGUCUCUUACAUGCCCGGGACUUUACCGAAGAGCAGAAUCAGUACCUGCAAGGAGGGGCAGGGCUGGAAGAGCGUGCGCGGGACUGGAUCAUCGAGUUUCUUGAGGAUGGUCGUCUGGUUGUUCCGGCAGAUUGGCAAGAGAGGGUGGGCAGAGGGGAAAUCGUGGCCGAGGCCGUUCGAGACUGGGAGAUGAAGGAGCACGAGGGCCAUGCGGCGAGUGUGGUGGCUAUCUUUCGAGAUGGCGGGGCGCUGGACAAAGAUGCUGAAUUUGAGCAGGCGGCAAAGAGCGGGAUUCCAUACCUGAAUGUACUGGGUGAGCUGGAUGGAGUGUGCAGUGUAGAAAAGCUGCGAGAUGUCGGUAUGGACAAGGUCACGGUGAUCCCGCAGGUCGGACAUGGACUGGUGAGGGAGCGAGUCCGCGAAGUUGCCGGGGCGAUUGAAGAGUUUUGGAAGACGCUGUGA